CUGAGCUGGGUGCUGGCGGCUCCGGGCACGCUCAGUACCUGGAGGUGAGUUCUCUGCACCUUUUGGACUCCAUCCCCUCCUCUCCCGCUUGUGCUGCCAUCUCCUGCUGGCACCCUGUCCCCUCGCAGCCAGAGGCAGCAGCUGUGGGGCAGGAUGGGGGAUUGGAGCUUGUCCAUCAGCUCACUGGGAGAGGAGGUGGUGGCCCAGCUCUGUGAGCUCCUGGACACAGCCAGCCGGGGCUGGCGCAAGCUGGCCGAGGUGGCCGGGGCAGAGAAACGCUUCAAGUGCAGUGAGGAGGAGCUGGAGAUGUGCUCGCUGAAGGUGCUGGAGCCCCUCGGCAGCCCCACACAGAGCCUCCUGCAGCUCCUGGCUGAGCGUGAGUGCAGCCUCCGGUACCUGUGGGGCUGCCUGCACAGGAUGGGGCACACGCAGGCCUGCCAGCUCCUCAACAGUGCUGUCCACGACGUGAUUCGCAUCACGGUGCAGCCGGAGUCACAGGUGGUGGCAGAGGGGACGCGGGUGUCCCUGACCUGCUGGGCCACCGGCCCACCGGGGCUCACCUACCAGUGGUUCUGUGGUGCCUGGAGCCACAGCCCCGGAGCUGAUGGUCGACACGGCUGCACCUCCAGGACUGCCCCAGUGGUACAUCUGCCGUGUGAGCUGCGGGGCUGCCUUUGCCUUCUCCAGGUGGGCUCACAUCCAAGUGGAGAGGAGCCACAGCCCCGAAUCAGCCAGCGGUUACUGCCCCAGCAUGGCGGGGCUGCAGAUCCUGCAGCAGCCACAGCCGUGCCGCCUGGCCGAGGGGGACCCUCUGGUCUGGAGUGCAGAGCCCUGGGGAACCCACCGCCGCAGUACCAGUGGUUCAGGAACCGGCGCCCCGUGGAGGGUGCACGAGGACCACGGCUCCAGGUGCAGCUGGUGACGACAGCUGAGCGAGGCACGUACUCCUGUCGUGUGUUCAACCUCUUCCACGAGCUGUGGAGCCAGGAGGUGGAUGUGGAGAUCGGCCCGCAGCUCUUUGCCUCUGGAGCCCCCUGGCAGGAAGGGGAUGGAGACUCCCUGGAGCCUGGCAACCCCAACCAGCUGUAUGCCACCGACAAAGUGGCACUGCUGGUGGGCAACAUGCACUACCUGCACCACAAAGACCUGCGGGCGCCCAUGGUGGAUGUGCACGCGCUCAGCGCGCUGCUGCGGCAGCUCGACUUCAAGGUGGUGUCACUGCUGGACCUGCGCCGGGAUGAGAUGCAGAUGGCAGUCGAUGAGUUCCUGCUGCUCCUCGACAAAGGGGUCUACGGAUUGCUGUACUAUGCUGGACACGGCUACGAGAACUUUGGCACCAGCUUCAUGGUGCCCAUCGACGCGCCCAGCUCCUACACCUCCGCCCACUGCCUGUGUGUGCAGCACGUGCUGCAGCGCAUGCAGCGGCGCCGCACCGGCCUCAACAUCUUCCUGCUCGACAUGUGCCGCAAGAGGAACCUCAAUGAUGACGUCCUCCCGCAGGUCGGGGCGCUGGAGGUGACAGCCAACAUCGUCUUCGGCUACGCCACAUGCGCAGACGCCGAAGCCUAUGAGCUGAGCCAGGGCGAACUCUCCAAUGGUGUCUUUGUCACCUUCCUCAAGCGCUGGCUGCUGGAGGACGAGAAGAUCACGGUGCUGCUGGACAAGGUGGCCGAGGACAUGGGCACGCUGGAGCUGACGCGGGGCCGCCAGGCGCUGGAGCUGCGCAGUAACCUGUCGGAGAGGCGGGCACUGACCGACCCCAUCCGCUCCUUGGGACGGGCUGAGACCUCUGCCAGGAACCUGCAGUGGGCCAAGGCUCAUGUCCUCCCAGAGAGUCGCCACCUCUGCUUUGACUGCGGUGUCACCGUGCAGCUGGGCUUUGCUGCUGAGUUCUCCAACAUCAUGAUCAUCUACACCCGCAUCCUGGCCGCCCCUGGGGACAUCACUGAGUGCGUGGCCAAGCUCACCGACCUCCCCGAGGAGCUGGACGUGGACCUGAAGUACACCAACCGGGAGAGCCCCGAGGAGCUGGGCAGCCCCUUGGUGCCCACCUGGAGCCUCACCUGUCCAUCCUGCUGCCUCUACAGCCGCCUCUGUGGGCUGCAGAGAUUGCGGCAGGAGCUGACCUUCACCGUGUGCCUGCAGUUUCGCUACCGCGGUGUGGCCGACUUUGUGGAGGAGCGGCGGGUGGUGAGUGUGGGGCGGCCGCUCAUUGCCAAGCUCAAUCUGAGCCCCCGGGACCCCGGCACGCCGCCCGCCUCUGGGGGGUCCGGCAGCCCCCUGUCCGCAUCACCCCCCGGCAGCUGGGGGAACAGGCCUGAGGAGAACCUGAGCCCCGAGGUGCACGGAUCGCAUGGGGUGUAAGGGGGCACGUCUGUGUACGGGGCACUGGCACCCCAUAGAGAGAGCAGUGUCACCCUGUGUGCAGGGCACUGCCAUCCCAUUAUAGGCAGGGCUGUGCCACCCCAUACGCAGAGCAACGUCACCCCAUAUACAGGGCCGUGCCACCCCACGCACAGAGCGGUGCCUCCCCAUACACAAAGCUGGGUCACCCCAUAUGCAGCGCAGGGCCACCCCGUACACAGAGCUGUGUCACCCUAUUCACAGUACACAGCCACCCCAUAUUCAGGACAGUCCCAGCUCCGUGUCCCUUAGCAGGGCAAUGAACCCCAUACAUGGGGAGGUUCCACCCCAUAUACAGAGCAAUGCCAGUCUCAUGUAUCCUCACAGUGCAGCGCCACCCCAUAUGGACACCACGGCCCCCCAUGUGCCCUGGCAGCUGUGGGGUGGGCAGGGGGCAGGGCCGGGUGCUGCAGCUCAGCAAGGCGUCGCACCGGGGCGGGAUUGGGCUCAUUCAGGCCUAGGAGAAA